AUGGUCGCCACACGGAAUGUCUAUGUCUUCUACGGCAGGGCAUUUUCUGUGGUAUUGUUCGCAUCAGCGGUGCUUGCUCCUCAACUCUGGCAACCAUUCAUGACGGUGACGUGGGCAUAUCUUCGCAGCUGGAGCGUCUACAAAUGGUCCACCUUCGAGACACUCUGGACCGUGUUCUGCUAUGCCGCAAUUGAGCCAUAUCUUACCGUCGUCUUCUUCAAGCAUCCAGAAUGGCGAAUCGCACACGAAAAGCAAACGGCGAAGACUCCGCCCAAGCCCAAAGGGAUGAGAAGACCUGCCAGACGUGGAUUGGAGGCCCUCACAUAUGUCGCGCCGCUUCUCAUGCUGGACUUGUUGAUGAUCAAGAAGUUCGCCAACGUUUCGCUCGAGGAUAUGCUGCAGUCUGGGAAUUAUGAUCCUUCCCUGGCGAGCGCUGGAGGACACAAAGCGACUUUCCUGGUUCCGAGUCUGCACAACUUUUCGCUGGCCUCGCCGUUGCAGACGACCCGGGCACUGCCAGUCGAGCCUCCUUCCAGCCGGCGUCUGGCUCUCGAGCUGGUCACGAGUCUCGUCAUCUACGACGCUCUCUUCUUCGCCUUCCACCUGGCGAUGCAUCUCCUGCCUGGGCUGCGGGCAUGGCAUCGCCCACAUCAUUCGCAUGGCGAAAUCCAUCCCCAGGUGACAAAUCAGCUGCACAUCUUCGAGCGGCUCGGCCUCGUGCUGCUGGCGAAUUUCAGUCUCAACAUCAUCGGCAGCCACGUCCUCACCCGAACAAUCUUCGUGCCCAUCUUCGUCCAUCUACUGGUCGAGAUACAUUCCGGACUUGAUCUGCCUUGGGGAUACGAGAAGAUGUUGCCGGCCGGGUGGGGCGGAGGAGCGAGGAAGCAUGCAAAGCACCAUCGAGACGGCGAAGGAGGAUUUGAGCCGUACUUCAACUGGUGUGAUGGAAUUUGGCAGGGCCUCAUCAGUCGCGUCUAG